AAUUUCGCGGGAAAGUCGCAGAGAAGACAACAGGCGCUGCUGCAGCUGCUCGGGAUUCCAGUUUAUUUAUAGUUAUUUUUAUUGGUUUUAACUGAAUUUAUCGGUUAUUUAGGGGUAUAUUUUAUUAAUAUGGCUCAAGCCCGAGUCACCGAUUUCUUUUCCCACAGUAAGAGAGCGGCAGCGGGCGGGCAGAAGGGGCGGAAGGCGAGGGCCGCGGGGCCGCUGCAGCAGGACGCCGGGACCAGGCGGAGGGAGACCCGGCAGACCCGCGGCAAGGUUCCCGCUGAAGCGCUCAGCGGCGUUCAGGAGGAGUUCCUGCGGGUUAUCGCCGAGGCCGUGUCCGCUGAUCCGGUGUGUGAGCGCCUGGAGCCCGCAGCGGCCGAGAGCGGGAAGACCCAGCCGGAGUUCCAGAAGCCUGAGGCCGUGACCCCCCGCACCCCGAAGAGGAGCUCCGACGAGGCCGAGUUUGAUCUGAGCUCUGCGGUGUUCAGCUCCGCCACGGAGCAGCACAGCACCGCCAAGAAGCGCCUGCGGACCGCGGGGAAGGAACCGAGCGGAGCCGCAGCUGCAGCUCCAGCGGCCGAGCAGAGGAAGAGCACGGCCAGGAAGAAGCUGGAGCUCACUAAAGUGGAAAAGACUCCAGACGUGGCCUUGGCUGGCGCUGACUCCCAGCCUCGAUCCCGGUCCGUCCAUAAAGAGUCCAAGGAUGUGGUUAAUAAGGGUACCAGCAGCUCCUCUUUAAACAAAAUCAGUGCAACCAGCAGCCCAACCAAGGCCAAGCAGGGCUCCAGGACCAAGAAAACCUUCUCCAGAGAGGACGUAGCGGCGCUGAAAUCUCGUCUGCAGAAGCUGAAGGGUCAGUCUGAGAACGUGACCUCGCCCACGCCGGCCCCGGUGUCCACACUCGCCGAGCUUAAAGCCAGACUCGACAGCGCCAGAGAGCUCUCAGCCAAAGUUCAGCAGAGGAAAGCCGAGAGAGUCGCCGAGGAGGUCAAGAACAGUGAGGAGCAGGAGCAAACUCAGCCCAAAGCUGAGGAAGGAGAAAAGCUUCCUGCCUACCAGCGCUUCCACACUCUAGCUCAGGACGUUCCUCCUGGCCUCACUCUGCCCUACAAGUACAAGCUUCUGGCUGAGAUGUUCCGCAGCAUGGACACCAUCGUCGGCAUGCUCUUCAACCGCUCGGAAACCGUGACCUUCGCCAAGGUCAAACAGGGGGUCCAGGACAUGAUGCACAAGCGUUUUGAGGAGGCUCACAUCGGUCAGAUUAAGACGGUGUACCCAUCUGCCUACACCUUCCGCCAGGAGAAGAACAUCCCCAACUUCAGCACCACCGCCAAGAAAUCUGCAUACCAGCUCACAGUGGAGCCCGUCAUAGAAGAAGAAACGAAUGGAGUCCGGCCAGUGUUGUCUGCUACUCGUCUGCUGGACAGGAGGCGCAUGUUCCAUCAGAACCUGGUGGAAAUUGUGAAAGGACACCAUAAGGUCUUUCUAGCUGGACUGAAUCCUCCUGUGGAAGUUCCGGAUGACAAGAUAACCCGCUGGCACCCCAGGUUCAGUGUGGAUGAAGUCCCGAAUAUUCAGCCCGGUGAUUUACCUCAGCCUCCGCAAACCGAGAAACUGACCACUGCUCAGGAAGUUCUGGACCGAGCUCGUGCCCUCAUGACCCCCAAGAUGGAGAAAGCUUUGGCUAAUAUGGCAUUAAAAACAGCAGAGGCGUCCUGUGCAAAAGAGCCUGAACCCCCAGCGAAACCUGUGGAGACCCCUGCACAAACACCCAGUGCUCUGAAAGGGGUUUCUCAGUCCCUGCUGGAAAGGAUCAGAGCUAAAGAGGCUCAGAAACUGCAGGUGGCGAUGACCCGGAACCCCGAGCAGGAAGAGCGUCUGGGGAUGAUGUCCCGCCUACCAGAGUUAGCCAGAAUCCUGAGAAACGUGUUCGUGGCCGAGAAGAAACCGGCCCUCAUCAUGGAGAUCGCUUGCAAUCGCGUGGUCGCCAGCUAUCGCUCCUCUCUCAGCUCAGGGGAGAUGGAGAAACAUCUGCGUCUGCUGGCCGAGCUGGCACCUGAGUGGCUCACGAUCCAUCCAAUCAGAAAAGAUUUCUACCUCAAGCUGAACAAGAACACCAACAUGAACCUGGUUCUGGAGAAGCUGAGUCAGAAGGUUAAAGAGGAGGAGCGAGGCUGAGCGCUGACUGCCGGACUGUGGACUGUGUGCUGAACCGUGUGCAAUAGUUACGGAGGAUUACUCUGGUUUUACUCUUUGGACUGGACUGGCCACAGUGUGGCUCCGCCCCCAAGUUCAGCUGCUGCUGAAACUCUGAGCUAAAAGAGCUUUAAAGGAAAAUGAUCUGUGACUUGAAUUAACUUUUUAUUUUAGUUUUUUUUGUUGUUUUUUAAUUAAUGUGAACUGAGUAGCGUUUUAAUUCAGCAGCUGCAUAUAAAGAGUUAGCACUGCUUAUGGAGAGGUUGUGUUUAUUACCGUUUUGAACUGAUAAAACUGAACUGGAACAAUGAAAAAAGUUCAUUAGAAGGUUUUGCUUGAAUGUUUAAUAAACAAGCUGUUUCAAACGGA